UUAUCUUUUGUUUUACAGUCAUCUCAGCGGGUGUGAAGUAGUUCACUGUGGUUUUGAUUUGCAUUUCCCUGAUAACUAAUGACGUUGAACAUCUUUUCAUAUGCUCGUUGGCAAUCUGUACAUUUUGUACAUCUCUGGAGAAACCUCUACUCAGGUCCCUGGACUCGCCCAGCUGUUUAGGAAACAGCCAGGAAGCGGAGGAGUAUGGUGUCAGCCUUUGAGCGGGUGGUCCGGAGCGUGGUCCGGGAGCUGGACUGCAAGGGGGAGCUCAUCCCCGUUGACAGCCUUCAGAGCGCUGCUGGCUUCCGGCCCUAUGGUCUGGUGAGCAGGAAGCCCUCAAGUUCGUGGUUCUGGAGACCCCGCUACAAGUGUGUCAACCUGUCAAUCAAGGACAUCCUGCAGCCUGACGCCCCAGAACCAGAUCUGGAGCGCAGCGGCCCCUUCCUCUUCUACGAUGCCAUGGAUGGGCAGCUGCAGGGCAGCGUGAAUCUGGCAGUCCCGGGGCAGGGGAGGAUCUCAGGUGGGGCCUCAGUGUCUGACAGCUCCAGCGCCUCGAUGAACGUGUGUGCCCUGCGUGUGGACCCCAAUAUCUGGGAGGCCAUGCACCAACAAAGGCGCCUGCGGCAGCCAGAGCACAGAGUCCUGCAGCAGCUGCGGAGUCGAGGGAAUGAUGUGUAUGUGGUGACAGAGGUGCUGCAGACACAGAAGGAGGUGGAGGUCACCCGGACCCACGAGCGGGAGGGCUCAGGCCAGUUUGCACUUCCCACAGUCAUGUGCUUCCAGGGUGAGGGCCAAGGACACCUGAGCCAGAAGAAAAUGGUCACUAUCCCCUCAGGAACCAUCCUUGCCUUCCGGGUGUGCCAGUUGAUUAUUGGCUCUGACUGGGAUAUCGACCUCUUCCCAGAUAAGAAGCAGAGGACCUUCCUGCCAUCCCGCCACGGCCACGGGUUUUCUAAGAGGACACAUAGCGAGCAGCAGCCGAGCUUUGGCAUCUCCUCGAUAGAGUCCAUCUCUUACCGCCUAAAGUUCCUGGCAGAUGGGCCCUUUGAGAAGCAGGUGGUCACUGAAGACUUCCAGGGCCUGCAGGCAGAGGUAGGAGCCAGGUCCAUGGAGCUGGAGCACAUGGAGCCAGGGCUGAGCCGACAGCUGCUGGGGGCCCUGGUUGCGGUGCUGCGGAACAAACCAGCCCUGCAAGCCUUAGAGGAUUCGCUGGAGCAGGGCCUGUGCUGCGGGCGGGCAGAACCCCUAGACGGCCCGGCGGGUGCUAUCCUCGAGUGCUUGCUGCUCCCCUCUGGGAUGCUGGUGCAGGAGCUUGCCAACUCCAUCUUCUAUCUGCUGGGGGCACUGACCGUGCUGAGUGAAACCCAGCACGUGCUGCUGGCCGAGGCGCUGGAGACAGGAGCCCUGCCAGGGCAACUCAAGCUGGUGGGGAGCCUCUUGGAGCAGGCCCCGUGGCAGGGGUGCAGCACCGUGUCCCUGCCCCCCGGGAUGCUGAGGAGCAGCUGGCAUGAGGGGGCACCAGCCUGGGUCCUGAUGGAGGAGUGCGGCCUGGAGCUGCAGGUAGACGCCCCCCAUGUGCACUGGGAGCCGCAGGCCCAGGGCCCCACCUGUGCGCUGUAUGCCUCCAUGGUGCUGCUGUCAGGACUGAACCAGGAGGCCCGCUAGCCUGCACCCAACACACCGGAGCAGCCCUCCAGGCAGGGCAGUCAGUGCACACCCAGCUGCCAGCCUAGGAAGUCCAAGAGCCCAACUUAGCCACGAGGCUAGUUGACCACGGGGCUGGAAGUUGGGGAAAUUCAAUAAAUGUGAUGUAUGGAGGAAA